UCAUAUCCUUUUUUGUAAAUGAACAGGACACACCUGAAUCAGAAUCCUGCUCUGUAGAGACAUUAUAUAUGAUAAUACUUUCAUUCUUUAGGAAAAAGUGCAAUUAGAUAGAUAUGCCGCUGUGGGGAAAGUCAGAAAAAUCUAUCAAAAAGAAAGAAGAGGAAUCAAGGACAAAUUCCAACAGCCCUCCACCCUAUUCGGGAGCGGCUUCACAAGUUCAAAAACCUCAGUUAGUGUUCCACUGUCAGAAGGCUCAAGGCUCACCGACGGGCAUUAUAUCAGGAUUUAGUAAUGUUAAGGAAUUGUAUCAAAAGAUAGCUGAAGUUUACGACGAUGAUAUGAGCAACAUACUUUUCUGCACUCUCAAUACCCAUAAAGUUGAUAUGACCCGAUUGUUAGGGGGUCAAAUUGGGCUUGAAGACUUCAUUUUUGCUCAUAUGCGCGGGCAACCUAAGGAAAUUGAAAUUGAUAAAUCCGAGGAUGCUUUGGGUUUGACGAUAACAGAUAACGGAGCCGGACUUGCUUUCAUCAAGCGUAUAAAGGAGGGAUCUAUUAUGUCUAGAUUAGAACCUGUUAUGGUUGGAGAUCAUAUAGAAAAAAUUGACGGCAUAAGUAUGGUUCAUAAAAGACAUUUUGAAGUUGCUAGAGCUUUGAAAGAAAUACCAAGGGGUCAAAGAUUCAAGUUGAGAUUGGUGGAACCAAUUAAAUCUGGCUUCUCUGGAAUCGGAUUCGAUAAAAGCGGUGCUAAGCAAAAUAAGAAAUUCGGCUCCGGGAAAGCUACUCUUCGAUUUAAAUCAAAUGGAAAAGCUGAAAUUGAAAUGGAGGACGAUUCGGCUGUUUUAGCUAGGGAGAAAAUAAAUGAGUUAAUGGAGAAAUUUUUAGGAAUAAAUGAUGGCGAUUUGGCCCAAACCAUCUGGGAUGUAGGUCAUGACAAAGACAAUCCGUCCGAUUUCGCCUCCGCGAUAGAUGACUCGGAAUUAAAUAUGUUUAACUUUACAGUUGAUUUUAAAUUUGAUUUAUGGGGAGCCAUAAAUGAUGCUAAGAGUGGUCUGCUCAAGAAGAAUAAAGGACCGACAGAGUUUAACGAGCAGUUUUGA